AAAAAAGAAAAAGAUUAAAAACACGAUUUCAGUUGAUGUUUUACAAUUUUGCAUUUGAUUGAACUUUAAUACCAUUUUGGUUUGAGAAGGAAGUAUUUACGUUUUACGAAAACGUACGUUUUAAAAUACUUUUGUUGUUUUGAAGUUAUAGUCAUUGUUAAACAAAAUAUGGACUCCUCAGAUUCUGAAGAUGAUUGCUAUGGGAACAUAGCGCAAAAACUACAAUCCAUGAAGAACAAAUACACGGAAGAUAAAAUUGACAGUACAAACCUUUUAAACGAUUCCACCGAGCUGGACGAACUAGUGAAAAAAGCAAAGAGUACGUUAAAAAAUAAUUCUGAACCUUUAGUAGACAGUAAGCAGAGUGAUGAGUGUAGUGCUAAAGUAGAUUCUGAGGAUAAUAUAAUAGACGCUAUAUUAGCAAGCUCAUCCAGAAGGAUUACACGAUCGACGAAGAGAAAAUCUUCCAACAUCAGUAUAACAGAAAAUAUUUCAUCAAAAAGAAGGGCACCUCAAAAAUCCAGUGUAGAUCCCCAGAGUGAAAAUAGUGCCCCUUGUAAUAAUAUUGUUAUGGAACAUAAUGCAACCAAUCAAUCUAGAAGAAGCAGAGGUAGAGGUAGAAACAGAAGUAGAAGAACCUGGCUGUCCACUGAUUCUUGUGUGGCAUCACAAAAUGUAAUCAAUCCUAAUAUACCAACAUAUAGUAUAGGAAACACUGCUGAAUAUCCAGAUCAAUCUGAUAGCCAAGCAUUAUUUAGUACAAAAGUGAAAUCUAACGAUGUAGUUAUUAUUGAUGACAAUGAAUUAGAAGAGAAUGAAGAGUUAUCAGUUAAAGUUUAUUGGCAGAGUUCAGAAUUCUUCAAAUUUAUCAUUAGACGCUAUCAAAAACUAACACAGAUAUUUGAUUAUUUUGCAAAGAAAGAAAAUGUGAGUAAUGAUCAACUAUUCUUCACAUUUAAUGAUAAGAUAUUGAAACCAGACGACACCCCUGAUUCAAUCAAUUACAGCAUUGUAAAAUUUAUUGAUGGUGGUAUUGUUAAUCAGAGCAUAUCUAAAUUGGCAACAUACAAAGACAAGGAAGAUAGAAGAGAUGGCAUUAAAUUAAAAUUCCAGUGCCAGAAUAUGAAAAAACCAUUUGACAUUGUGGUUAGUUUAGAUGAGAAGUUUUCUAUAGUCAUGAUGAAAUGUGCAGAACGUUUAGAAAUCCCUCUGGAUAGAUUGAAAUUUGAAUUUGAUGGUGAUUCCAUUUCAGGUAAAAGUACACCAAAAGAAUUAUGUAUACAAGAAGAUGAGUGUAUAGAUAUUAAAAUAAAAUGUUAACUGGUAAUAGCUUUGAAAGCUUUUUUGGUCACAUAUGAGCAGUAUGUGAAUAGGAUUAAUAAAGACUGACUAUUCCUAUUUCAAUUCCCUGAAAAUGUGGUAAAAGAUAAACCUCAUAUUUUUUUUAUUGAAUAAAUAUAUUAAUGAAAUGUGUUGAUUUUUAUGCUAUUCAUAGGGUACAGUCAAUUGCAUAUCAGACUACUUAAUUGUUAAAUUUCUCCACUCAUUUGGAAAAUAUAUGUUCCAGAAUAAAUACGGUUUUUCCAAAUACAUAUAUGAAAAAUUGGGAUAAGUAACCAUAUAUCCAAUUUCGUCCAAAGUAUGUGAAGGUUGAAUGCAAUACAAUUUUAUCUUUUU